AUGUUAAGUGAUACCCUAUUGCGCUUGUGCGUUGAUCCUCCGUACACUAUUCGAAAUAUCAAAGAAAUACUUUAUGCCAAAGAAUGUGUUCCUCCAAAAGAACAAUUAUUAACAUAUGAGGACAUAACGCUCGAAGAUGAUUAUACACUAUUUGAUUACAAUAUAGAGCAAGAAUCAAUAAUUUAUUUCCAGGAUUUAAAAAACAUUGCUAAAGCUUUACCAGUUCGUGAUAAUAGUAUAUUUAUAAAUAUUUCAGAUGGUUCUGACGUUUCAUACCGUUUGAAAGUAAAACAGACUGACACUGUUCAUUUUGUCAAAAAGAUGAUUACUAUCGAACACAAUAUCUCUACGGAUAAUCAAGAUUUACGAACUACAGAUGAAAAAAUGAACGAUGAUCGUCCAUUGAAUUAUUACAAUAUUAAAAAUGAUUCCUUAUUAUAUCUACAUCCAUGUCGAAAUAUUAAUUAUCUUAUAGAUAUUCAUAUCGUUACAGAAACUGGAAUGACAAUCACUGCCACGAUGGAUCCACAUGACACUGUUCUCGAUGUAAAACGAAAAAUUGAGGAAGAAGAAGGCUUACCAGUCGACCAUCAACAGUUAACAUUUUGUGGAAAAUUACUUGAAAAUGGGCACGAACUGUGUGAUUACAACAUACAACAUCAUUCAACAUUGCAAUUGGUCAUAAAACUUCCGAGAUCACAAUUUAUUCAACUUGACGUUAAGCUUCCGAAUGGCCUUAUCCAUUCUCUCACCGCUACUGUAACACAAACGGAUACAAUUAAAAGUGUUAAACAACGAUUAUACGAGAAUGAAAACAUCCCAGUGGAAAACCAGAUUUUACUGUUUAACGGGCAAGAACUUCAUAAUGAUCGAACAUUGCAUUAUUAUAAUAUUGAAAAUAAAUCAACACUUGAGUUAAUUCAGCAGCAAUUUGGAAAUAAUUUUCAAGCUAAUGUUUCAAAUUACAGUUGUCUUGGGCAAACAAGUCAAGAUCAUGCCAUACAAAUCAAUAUUCAAACUCAGACCGGACGCAUUAUAAACUUGAAAGUGAGACUAAAUGAUAAAAUUGAAAAAGUUAAGUGGAAUAUAAGUCAGAUAGAAAGUAUUGCGCAAAAUUCACAAAAACUCUUUUUUAAUGGUAAAGAACUUCAUAAUGAUCGAACAUUGAGCUUUUACGAUAUCAAGGAGAACUCAACACUUCGUAUUGUUGUUGGAAACUUAAUUUGA